AUGUGCAACCCUACGCUCGUCUUCCUGCGCGCCUACGUGCACGCACUGUCUAUCCGCGGCAGGGCCUAUGAUGCCUCUCGUCUUGAUACCAUAUUCUGCUUGGCCUGCGCACACUUCACCGUCCACCAAUCACAAUUGAAGUUACCAGCUGUGCAUGUUCACUUUCUGCCCGCGCCAGCCGGCCGUGGGCUGAGCACCCGUUGCCCAAUGGCGCGUCAGAUUCUCCAACUAUUCCGGCUUCUCCAGUCUCGCUGGGAUCCCAUGCAUGCGUCCUUGUCGGUGGCCGCCGAAUCUGUUAGCCAUCGGCGACUGACGGAGUGGUUUCAGAGACUAAAUCUGCCGCAAGGUUUGAAUCAGAGGAGGGGAAGAUUAGAAUGGAAAGUAGACGACUUAGGCCGAGCCCUCACGUAG